GUUAGCACUAGUGAUUUCACUGGGGAUUCGGUACAUAGUGUAUGUUUUGACACUACAUCUUCAAAUACAGGCUGGAUGCAGGGUGCCUGUGUAUUGCUAGAAAAAUGGCAGGGCAGACCAUUACUAUGGUUUGCCUGCAGACAUCACAUAUAUGAGCUUCAUAUUAAGCAUGUAGCACUUGCAGUUUCUGGAAAUAUGUCUGAUGGACCAGUUGAUAAUCUUUUCAAAAAAAUUCAAAAUUUCUGGGAAACUAUUAAGCCUGACAUAAAUUUAAACAAUCUUAACAGGUUUGAAUGGAGCAAGAGAAAAGGAACAUUUUUAGAAGAACAGGCUCUAAAAACCAAAAUAUAUCUUGAAUACGCCUUGUUUACAGAAAAGUUUCCUCGUGGUGACUAUAAGCAUUUAGCAGAACUUGUUUUGGUUUGGCUAGGCAGUGAUAAGCUUGGAAAUUUUAAGUUUCGUAAACCUAUAGCUUUUCAUCAUGCAAGAUUUCUUUCAAAAGCUAUCUACUACAUGACAAUAGAACGGCUUACAUUUCAUUUGCAACAAUUUGAUAUAAUUAGGGAAGAAGAAAUAGCAACAGUCCCUCAAAUUGCUGAGUUUAUUGGGCUUUUUCAUGCAAGAUGGUUUCUGAAAGCACCAUUGGCAGUUUCUUCUCCUUCUUUAGACUUAUGUGCAAUCAGGGAUAUGACCAAGUAUGGAUCAUUUAAGAAAACUGUGUCAACUACUGCUAUUAAAAGUAUUAAAAAUCACUUAUGGUUUCUUACAGAACGAAAUGUUGUGUUUGCUCUUUGCGACGAAACACUUGACAAUAACAUUAGAGAAAAAAUUGCCAAAAAGCUAUUUUUAUAUCCUAGACCUUCAAAUUUAACAUUGGGAAAACCACUUUUUCCAAAUAUUGACAUAAAAAAAAUUCCAGAGUUAUGGCAACUGGUUGGACCUCAAAGUUGGAUUCUCAUUCAGCAGCUAAAUUUAUCUGUAAUAGAAACAGAAUGGAUGCAAGUUAGCUCCAAAGAUUGGAAUAAUUUCUCAGGAUAUAGAGUUCUGAAAACAUUCGUAGAAAAAUUAACAGUAGUAAAUGAUUGUGCUGAGAGAGGAGUAAAGCUCAUCCAAGACUUUACACACAUUUGCCAGGAUGAGAAGUUAAAGCAAUCUUUGAUGAUUUCAAUUUCAAAUCACAGACAAAAGUUUUCAGUCAAUUCCAAAAAGAAUUUGUCUGAAAUUCUUUAACAUGCAAUUGUUACAUGAAAUUGUUUAUAUGAUUAUUAAAUAUCAAAAUAUAUAUCAAAA